GGAACUGCGGACUCCACACUGAGUUUACAACUCUCUCUGAAUACACGAAUGUAACUAACCUUACUUUAAACUAGUUUAACUUUUAACAUAAGCCGUUGAACACUGCUAUAAGUCAGUUUUAUAAGCAUUUCAGGAUGUCUGCGUCUGCUGUGUUCGUGCUCGAUCUGAAGGGGAAGGUUCUGAUUUGUCGAAAUUAUAAAGGUGAUGUCGACAUGUCUGAGAUCGAUCACUUCUUUACACUGUUAAUGCAACAGGAAGAGGAGGGGCUUCUGUGCCCUGUGAUGUCACAUGGCAACGUUCACUUCCUGUGGAUCAAACACAACAAUCUGUACCUGGUGGCCAUCACAAACAAGAACUCUAACGCAUCAAUGGUUUAUGCCUUCCUGUACAAGCUGGUGGAGGUGUUCACGGAGUAUUUUAAGGAGCUUGAGGAAGAAAGUAUUCAGGAUAAUUUUGUGGUCGUGUACGAGCUGCUCGAUGAACUCAUGGACUUUGGAUUCCCACAGACGACAGACAGCAAGAUUCUUCAGGAAUACAUCACACAGGAGGGGAAUAAACUGGAGGUGGCGAAGACUAAAGUGCCCACCACAGUGACCAACGCUGUGUCCUGGAGGUCAGAGGGCAUCAAAUACAAGAAGAAUGAAGUUUUCAUCGACGUCAUCGAGUCUAUUAAUGUUCUGGUGAAUGCUAACGGCAGUGUGAUGAGCAGUGAUAUUGUUGGCAGCAUCAAACUGAAGACGAUGUUGUCUGGAAUGCCGGAGCUUCGUUUGGGUCUCAACGACCGUGUACAGUUCGCUCUCACUGGACGUGACAAAGGGAAGACUGUUGCAAUGGAGGAUGUGAAGUUUCAUCAGUGUGUUCGCUUGUCACGUUUUGAAAGUGACCGAACGAUUUCCUUCAUUCCGCCUGAUGGAGAUUCUGAACUCAUGUCAUACCGCAUCAACACACACGUGAAGCCGCUCAUUUGGAUCGAGUCUGUUAUCGAGAAGUUCUCUCACAGUCGAGUGGAGAUCAUGGUGAAGGCUAAAGGGCAGUUUAAAAAGCAGUCUGUAGCUAAUAAUGUUGAGGUUCGUGUUCCUGUGCCGAGUGACGCAGACUCUCCAAAGUUCAAAACCAGCACAGGUCACGCUAAAUACGUUCCUGAGAAGAAUCUGGUGGUUUGGAGUAUUAAAUCAUUCCCGGGUGGAAAAGAGUUUCUGAUGCGAGCUCACUUUUGCCUGCCGAGUGUGGAAAAUGAUGAGAUGGAGGGAAAACCUCCGAUCACCGUGAAGUUUGAGAUCCCAUAUUUCACUGUGUCGGGUAUACAGGUACGAUACAUGAAGAUUAUUGAGAAGAGUGGCUAUCAGGCACUACCGUGGGUACGCUACAUCACGCAAAGUGGAGAUUAUCAGCUGAGGACAAACAGCUAAUGAGCGCUGUGGUGUUUCGGCCUUACAUAUACACUUAAUGGACUGACAGUUGCACAUGUGUUUUGACAAAUUUAUGUGAUAUGUCUAUAGAUUUUAUUGUCUGUCAAAAAGAUUUUCUUUUCUUUUUAAGGAAAACAAAAUUACUGUAUAAAUUGUUGAUGCUGAAUGUAAACAAACCAACCAUUUCAGUCACAAUGAAUGUGCACCAAAUUAUGGAAAAUGUUGUCAAACAUUUAUGUUCAUCCUAAUAUUGCAAUAAAUAAAAUGUAUUUGUGGACAUUU